GGCCCAUAAACGAAGUAUAAAGUCCAUAAUCGGGCUACAAAACCCUAGUCACUGUCUUCUUCUUUAUAAAAGAUUGCUGCAGCUGCUUCUGCGCCACUCUAACCCUAAUCCAUCUCCCCCAUUCGCAAUCAUGGCCGUCGGGAAGAACAAGAGGAUUUCCAAGGGAAAGAAAGGAGGAAAGAAGAAGGCAACUGAUCCAUUUGCCAAGAAGGACUGGUAUGAUAUUAAGGCACCUAAUGUUUUUGAGCACAAGAAUGUUGGCAAAACCCUAGUUAGCAGAACUCAGGGUACUAAGAUUGCUUCUGAAGGACUUAAACAUAGAGUCUUUGAGGUCAGUCUUGCUGAUCUUCAGAAAGAUGAGGAUCAGGCUUACAGGAAGAUCCGCUUGAGAGCAGAGGACGUGCAAGGAAAGAAUGUCCUUACCAACUUCUGGGGAAUGGAUUUCACAACCGACAAGCUGAGAUCUCUUGUACGCAAGUGGCAGACUUUGAUUGAGGCUCAUGUUGAUGUGAAGACAACUGACAGUUACACCCUUCGCAUGUUUUGCAUUGGAUUUACCAAGAAACGUGCCAAUCAGCAGAAGAGAACCUGCUAUGCUCAGUCUAGUCAGAUCCGCCAGAUUCGCCGCAAGAUGGUUGAAAUCAUGAGGAAUCAGGCUAGCUCAUGCGAUCUAAAGGAGUUGGUUGCUAAAUUUAUUCCCGAGUCAAUUGGCAGGGAAAUAGAGAAGGCUACUUCCAGCAUCUUCCCACUUCAGAAUGUGUUCAUUCGCAAAGUUAAGAUCCUCAAAGCACCAAAGUUUGACAUUGGCAAGCUGAUGGAGGUUCAUGGUGAUUACUCUGAAGAUGUUGGUGUGAAGCUUGAGAGGCCAGCUGAAGAAACAAUGGUAGAGGCAGAGACUGAAGUUGUUGGAGCAUAGAAGAGGGUUAAUUAGUCUUCUUAGGCUGCUAUGCUUUUGUAGUUGUUUGGAUUGCGGCUUUCAGUUAAAUUUCAUAUGGAUAAAAUUUUGUUAUAUUGUUGAAGCUUAAAUUCUAUACUCUUGAAUCUUUUUUGAUGAUCUUAUUUUUAUUAAUCUUUGUUUAUUGA